GCAGGUUGCCUUUCUGCCUGGAGGACCCUCAAAAAGCAGCAUGGCCGCUCAGAUCACACAGUAAAUAAUACACAGCAGCAGAAAGUUAUCAGAUCUAGCUGUGUGUUAAUAAUCUCUGUAGAUUAAUAAUCUGCUGCAGGUACAGAGCUGCUGAUCUGUGAACUGGUUUAGAAUAUCAGUAUGAAAAUCAGAUCAGUGAACUGAAACAAACAGCUGGUUUAUUUCCACACGUGGAGGAUCUUCAGCUUCAGAUCUACAGAGAUGGAUGAGCUUUCAGCUGAGCUCAGGAAAUUUCUCCAGAACCAGCCUUUUCUGGAGCUCACUGAUGGCAAGAAGGUCAAGUGCACUUUGAAUGGACACGAGUUUCCCUGCAACCUUACAGAGCUGCAACAUUUCAUAUCUGGAAAUAAAUACAAGAAACUGUCUGCCAAUGCUGAAUUCAAUUACAGCCAGUAUGAACCACAUCUGGUCCCCAGUACCAAACAACCAAAUCACCUUUUUUGCAAGCUGACCCUGAGACACCUCAAUCGAGUUCCUGAGCACGUUCUACGACACAUUAAUGGAAAACGCUAUAAAAAAGCUCUAGGAGAAUAUGAGGAGUGUGUGAAGCAGGGGGUGCAGUUCGUUCCAGCCCGUCUCAGACACAAGAAACAACGCAAGCACACAGAUGAUGGCAUGGAGAGUGCCAGCGAGAAGCAACACAAGCCAAAACAGAAGCAGGACAGUGGAAUCUGGGCCCCCAGCUCCAGCGACGAGGAGGGCAGCGACUCAGAGGACAGCAUGUCCGACCUCUAUCCACCCACAUUGUUUACUCUAAAGGAGCCAGAGGAGCAAGAAAAAAUGGAGGAAGAUGAAGACAAUUUCCUGACAGAUGAGGAUGAUGAAAUGGAGAUUUCUGAAAAAGAUGAAAAACAAGCAAAACAGAAACGCAAAAAGGUCCAGUCUGCUGGUUUUACCAAGAAAUUGAAGAACAACAGGAAAAAGAGAGGUUUUAAGCCUGCUGGCAAAGUUAAAAAAGCUAAAUAAAGUUCUGUGUGCAUUAA